CCAGCCAAUGGCCGGUGGGGGAAGUGGUCCCCUGAAGCUGCGCCCAACCUCAUAGACUGCGCCACCCACUCGACGUCAAACACGGCGCCCUCGUCCACAAUUGAUCAGCUCCCUCCCAACGUAGCCCAGCUCCGCCUCUGGCGUCUCACGCCGCAUAAAAACAACGCGGCGCCCAGACAAGUCCAUCUUUUGCAUUUUCUACUAUCGUACUCCCGUCACCUGCGUUACGUACAUUUCGUGGUUUUGACGUCUGACUCUCAUUCGGUCGCUCUCUCUCCUCCACCUGUCCUCGUCGCCGUCGCCGUCGCCGACAAACCGGCCUCUCAGACCCGGACCCAACCACCACCAACAGGCGGUUGAUAUCCCUUCUAUCCUCGUUGUCCCUCGACGAACCGACCGCCGUCGCAGCCGCAACCAUGGGAGUCGGUCGCUUCUUCUGCGUCGCCCUCCCCCUCAUCCUCACCAUCGGCGCCAUCAUCUCCCUCCUCGUCGCCACGCUAUCGGGCGUCGUCCACAACAACAACCUCUUCGUCUUCUCCGUCGACGUCUCCGACCUCUCCAUAAACCCCGCCAACUUCGACAACAUCGCCAACAAGCUAGGCAGCCGCGCCAACAACGCACAGACCAGCAACAUCACGGCCGGUAACCUUGGCCUUGAUCAGGUCUACGAGGUCUCCCUCUGGGGCUACUGCAGCAAAGACAAGGAUGGCAAGCGCAAUUGCAUCAAGGGCCGCUUCGACUGGGCCUCGCAUGAGCUGAACACGACCUGGAUCGAGGAAUUCGGCUCUACCGCCGGCGUCAAGAUCAACUUGCCCACCGAGGUCAAGGAUGCCCUCAAGGCGUUCCGCACCGUCACCAAGUGGACCGAGGUUACCUUCAUCAUCGCCCUCGUCGCUCUUGGCAUCGAGCUCUUCGUCGGCAUCUUCUCCAACUGCUCCCGCGUCGUUUCCUGCCUGACGUGGCUCGUUGCCUCCAUCACGGCCGUGCUUGUCGGAGCCGCCGCCGGCCUCGCCACCGCCAUGGCCACCAUUGUCGUGGGCACCGUCGAGAGCACCGCCAAAUUCUACGGCGUCAAGGGCACCGUCGGCACCCGCUUCCUCGCCGCCGUCUGGAUCGCCACCGCCUUUGCCAUCGGCGCCGCCUUCUUCUGGCUCUUCACCAUUUGCUGCUGCAAGCCCGAGCACCGCAGCCGCAGCGCCAAGCGCGGCAGCAAGCACGACGACGGCGAGAAGCUGCUCCCCACCCGCGGCUACGCGCCCCUGACGAGCGACCACGAGAUGAGCGGCGGCUUCUACAACCCCAACCAGCAGGGCCAGCAGUUCGGCCACAACUACUCGUCGCAGCCCCCGCGCUACCCUGGCGGCAACGGCCGCUCGGACCUGGCGUAUGAGCCGUACUCGCACCGAGCGUAGAAGGCCGAGCGACGCUGACGGGCACUUGUGAGCGGUUUUUAUUGUUUUUUGACUGCUUCCUCGGCAGGAAGCUCUAGAGGAAGGGGAAAGGCAGCAACGCUUGGCUCAUAACGAUUUUGCAUCACUGGCGUUGACAUUAUUACUCGGCGGAUAUGGCAUCCGGGGUCCAUUGUCACCACAGUGACAUGCUGGCUUCCAGACAGCAGGUUAUGAUCAAAUAUGUACAUAAAGCAUCUUCAGAUGCAUGAUACGAGUCAACGAACCAAGUUUUCGAUCUCAAA